AUGCGCCACUGCAGCGCCAAAACCUGUAUAUACUUUAGUGGCGCGACGCGCCAGGAUGCAAACUACUGCGGUAACUUAAACAUUACACUGGACAGAGACAAAGAGCUUGUAGAUCCGUUAUCCGAGCCUGAACGAUUCUUUCAGCGGAAGAGGCGAACAACAGCUUCGAAAAACUUAAUACAUAAACUAAAUCUGGCGGAAAAUCACGAUUUAGAAGGAGAGGUCUUGCCAGAGGAGCUCCCUGCAGCCAUGGCAGCCAGGAUCGUACGUGAUGUGGCAGUCCCACUCACUGCAAAUGUCACCUCCAGCAUUCAGAAACCGCCAGCUGGAGGGAGAUUUGAAUUAAAACAGAACAUGGUGCAAUUGUUGUACUCUAAUGGACAGUUCACGGGAUUGACUCAUGAAGACCCUAAAGUUCACAUCCAAAAUUUUUUGGAGAUCAGCGACACUUACACGCCAAUUGGGGUAUCUCCUGAUUAUGUGAGACUAACAUUGUUUCCUUUUUCUUUGAUAGGAGAAGCCAAGAGGUGGUUGAAGUCGGAACCACCAAAUUCAAUCACUUCGUGGAAUGAUUUAGCCCGCAAGUUUCUUAUAAGGUUCUUCCCUUCGGGGAAGACGGCUAAGUUGAGGGCUGAAAUUUUGAGCUUCAAGCAAAAGUUAGGAGAAAAUUUGUACCAAUCUUGGGACAGAUUUAAAUCAUUACUCAUUAGUUGCCCUCAUCAUUAUCAGGCUAACGAAGUUUUGGUCCAUACCUUCAUAGAAGGGUUGGAGCCUAACACCAAAAUUUUUCUUGAUUCAGCUGCAGGUGGGCAAGCCCUGGACAAAACAUAUGAUGAGUUAUACACAUUGUUAAAUCGCAUAUCCCAAGGAAAUCCGGAGUGGAAUGGAGGAAAUGCUCGAUCUGUCACCCAAAAACAAGCAGGCAUGUUAGAGGUUGAUGCAGUAACUGCAUUGACAGCACAAAUUGCAGCAAUGCAAAAUAUGAUGACAACACAUUUUAACACACUAGCAAAAGGACAGCAGCAGGCUUCAGUGAGCAUGGUUCAACAACAACUUAUGUGGUGCGAAGUAUGUGGAAGCAGUGAGCAUGUGGCCGAACAUUGUGGAGCAAAUCCAGAAUCAAUAAAUUUUGUAGGUAAUGCACCUAAGGGUAUUGGUAACCAAAACUAUGGAAAUACUUACAACCCAAAUUGGAGAAACCAUCCUAAUUUCUCAUGGGGUGGAAAUCAACAAAAUCAUCAUCACGAGCCAACUCAAUACAGACCACAGGGAAGUGGACACCAAUACAAUAAUCCUAGUCAAGCAUACAAUGCUCAAAGUCAAAAUGAUCAAGCAUCAACAAAAUCGGGAAGCAUGAGUGUUGAGGACAUGUUGAAACAAAUCAUGACAGACCAAGCCAAGCUAGCUUCCGAUGUCCGACAAAAUCAACUGGCUACCCAAAAUUUAGAGAAACAGCUUGGGCAAUUAGCAAGUGCACAUAGUUCUCGCCAACAAGGGGGCUUACCAGGUAACACUGACCCCAAUCCCAAACAGGUGAAUGUCGUGACUACUCGUAGUGGUCGCCCACUCACUGAAUUGGCUCCCAAAGUAAAAUUGGCAGAGGAAAAAGGCAAAGAGCAAGGAAUACCAAGGUAUGCUAAAUUCGUCAAGGAUAUCGUGGCCAAUAAAAGCAAGUUGGCUGAAUUUGCAACUGUGGCACUCACUGAGGAGUGUAGUUCAAGAAUCUUGAACAAAAGCAAGCUUCCAGCCAAACUAAAAGAUCCAGGUAGUUUCACGGUGCAGGUAACCAUUGGUAAAUAUAGUAAUGCAAGAGAUCUCUGUGAUCUGGGUGCUAGUAUCAACUUAAUGCCUAGAUCCAUGCUUAAGAAAUUAGGCCUGGGGGAACUUAAAGCAACAACUAUUUUGCUACAGUUGGCUGAUCGUUCUGUAGCUAGACCUGAUGGUAUCAUUGAAGAUGUUUUGGUACAAGUAGGAUCCCUUAUCUUCCCUGUUGAUUUUGUCAUUUUAGAUUUUGAGCCGGACCCCGAUGUUCCUUUUAUCUUAGGACGCCCGUUCUUAGCAACAGGCGGGGCACUAAUUGAUAUGGCUGCAGGUAGAUUGACUAUGAGAGCACAUGAUAAAGUGGAAGUGUUUGAUGUAUAUCAUGCACUGAAAUUGCCUGCAAUUUAUAAGGAGCUGUCUGCUGUAACCAUCAUUGACGAGGAAAUAUCAGCUCAAUGUACUACCUCAAAUGACCCAUUGGCGAAAGUCGUAAUGGGUCAAGAUAUUGCAGAGGACAUGGAAGCUAAAUAG